AUGGGCUACCUUGAGGAUUACAUUUUGGCAACAGUUGGCACUGAAUUUGACCUACGGACCCUGAGGGCAGUACGUGUUCUGAGGCCCCUAAAGUUGGUGUCUGGAAUUCCAAGUUUACAAGUUGUUCUGAAGUCUAUCAUGAAGGCGAUGAUACCUUUGCUACAGAUCGGCCUCCUCCUGUUUUUUGCAAUCCUUAUUUUUGCAAUCAUAGGGUUAGAAUUUUAUAUGGGAAAAUUUCAUACCACCUGCUUUGAGGAGGUGACAGAUGAUAUUCAAGGCGAGUCUCCAGCUCCAUGUGGAACCGAGGAACCCGCCCGUACCUGCCCCAAUGGGACCAAAUGCAAGCCCUACUGGGAAGGACCCAAUAAUGGGAUCACUCAGUUUGACAACAUCCUGUUUGCAGUGCUGACUGUCUUCCAGUGUAUCACCAUGGAAGGGUGGACUGACCUUCUCUACAAUGUGGGUGCUACCAGAGGCUGGGGAGGGAAAGGGAGAGGGGGGAAGAGCAAUGAUGCCUCAGGGAAUACCUGGAACUGGUUGUACUUCAUCCCCCUCAUCAUCAUUGGCUCGUUUUUUAUGCUGAACCUUGUGCUGGGUAACAAGGAUGCCCUACCAGACAAUGGACCCCAAGACUUUGUGCUUUGCAGGGAGUUUGCCAAGGAAAGAGAACGGGUUGAGAACCGGCGAGCUUUUCUGAAGCUGAGACGGCAGCAGCAGAUAGAGAGAGAACUCAAUGGCUACAUGGAAUGGAUUUCCAAAGCAGAAGAAGUGAUACUAGCAGAAGAUGAAACAGACGGCGAGCAGAGACACCCCUUUGAUGUUGGAGCUCUGCGGAGAGCCACCAUAAAGAAAAGCAAGACAGACCUGCUCAACCCCGAAGAAGCCGAGGAUCAGCUGGCUGAUAUGGCCUCUGUGGGUUCUCCCUUCGCCCGAGCCAGUAUUAAAAGUGCCAAGCUGGAGAACUCGACUUUUUUUCAUAAAAAGGAGAGGAGAAUGCGCUUCUAUAUCCGCCGCAUGGUCAAAACUCAGGCCUUCUACUGGACAGUUCUCAGUCUGGUAGCACUCAACACGCUGUGUGUUGCUAUAGUUCACUACGACCAGCCAGAUUGGCUAUCUGACUUCCUCUACUAUGCAGAAUUCAUUUUCUUAGGACUCUUUAUGUCCGAAAUGUUUAUAAAAAUGUAUGGGCUUGGGACGAGGCCUUACUUCCACUCCUCCUUCAACUGCUUUGACUGUGGGGUUAUCAUCGGGAGCAUUUUUGAGGUGAUCUGGGCUGUGGUGAAACCUGGAACAUCCUUCGGGAUCAGUGUGCUACGAGCUCUCAGGUUAUUGCGUAUUUUCAAAGUCACAAAAUACUGGGCUUCUCUCAGGAACCUGGUCGUGUCUCUCCUGAACUCCAUGAAAUCCAUCAUCAGUUUGUUGUUCCUUCUCUUCCUUUUCAUCGUUGUGUUUGCCCUUUUGGGAAUGCAGCUCUUUGGAGGCCAGUUCAAUUUUGAUGAUGGAACGCCUCCUACCAAUUUUGACACUUUUCCAGCAGCAAUAAUGACAGUAUUUCAGAUCUUGACUGGAGAAGACUGGAAUGAGGUGAUGUAUGAUGGGAUCAAAUCUCAAGGGGGUGUCAAAGGCGGCAUGGUGUUCUCCAUCUAUUUCAUUGUGCUGACACUCUUUGGGAACUAUACCCUACUGAACGUAUUCUUGGCUAUCGCGGUGGAUAACCUGGCCAACGCCCAGGAGCUCACUAAGGAUGAGCAAGAGGAGGAAGAGGCAGCCAACCAGAAGCUUGCCUUACAAAAAGCAAAGGAAGUGGCCGAAGUGAGUCCUCUGUCUGCGGCCAACAUGUCAAUAGCCAUGAAAGAACAGCAGAAAAACCAAAAAUCCUCCAAGUCAGUGUGGGAGCAGAGGACAAGCGAGAUGCGAAAACAGAACCUUCUGGCCAGCCGGGAGGCUCUCUACAACGAGCUGGGUCCUGAGGAGAGGUGGAAGGUCUCCUAUGGCCGACACAUGAGGCCCGACAUUAAGACUCACCUGGACAGGCCCCUGGUGGUGGACCCACAGGAAAACCGCAACAAUAACACAAACAAGAGUAGGCCUAGUGACCCCUCCAUGGAUCAGCGGCUCAGCCAGCAGCGUGCUGAAGACUUCCUCAGGAAACAGGCCCGUUACUACGACAGGACACGCGGAGGUUACGAGCGGGCUGAUUCGGGGGGUCUGGAACCUCGGAGGCAGAGGAGCGGCAGCAAAGAGGCUGACCUGAACCACGAAGGGUCCUAUGGGAGGGAGCCAGAGUAUCAAACCAAGGAGCGUGACGGGAACCAGGAGCGCGGCUUUCGGGAGGGAGAGCCAGACCGGAACAAACCAGGGGACCCCCAUCGGAGGCAUCAGCAUCGGCAGGGGGGCGGCAAAGAGAGCCGGAGUGGCUCUCCUCGGACAGGGGAGGGUGAUCGGGAGCCUCGGAGACACCGGGCCCAUCGGCGACCGGGUGAGGAGGGCACUGAAGACGGCAAUAAGUCAGAGCGGCGGUAUCGCCACCGUGAAGGGAGCCGGCCCAGCCGAGGAGGUGAUGGGGAGAAUGAGCCUCCAGACGGGGACCGGCGGCGGAGACACCGCCAUGCUGCUCAGUCUACCUAUGACAGUGACCUCAAGAGAGAAGAUAAGGAGAGGAGGCAUCGGAGGAGGAAAGAGAACCAAGGUUCUGGAGUCCCUGUGUCUGGCCCAAACCUCUCUACCACUCGGCCAAUCCAGCAGGAUAUGGGGCGUCAGGAACCUCCAUUGGCCGAAGAUAUUGAUAAUAUUAAGAACAAUAAGCUGGCCACCACGGAAUCCACCAACCCUCACAACACCAUCCAUGCCCUCCACCCCCAGAGCCCAGCCCAGAUGGGUAACCACACCAACUCCCCACCAAUGCGGCCCCCACCCAAUCAGCCAGCUGGGAACCCAUCCAACCCUGGGCCCCCCAAAAACCCAGAGAAUAGCCUUAUAGUCACCAACCCCAGCACCCAGAACAACCCAGCCAAGACUGCCAAGAAGCCUGAGCACACGGCGGUGGAUAUCCCCCCCGCCUUUCCCCAACCCGUCAACAACACCGUUGUCCAAGUAAACAAAAACGCCAACCCAGACCCACUGCCAAAAAAGGAGGAAGAGAAGAAAGAAGAGGAUGACCCGGGAGAAGAUGGCCCCAAGCCUAUGCCCCCCUACAGUUCCAUGUUCAUCCUGUCCACCACAAACCCCUUACGCCGGCUGUGCCACUAUAUCUUGAACCUUCGAUAUUUUGAGAUGUGCAUCCUGAUGGUGAUCGCCAUGAGCAGUAUAGCCCUGGCAGCUGAAGACCCCGUGCAGCCCAAUGCCCCCAGGAACAAUGGCUGCAUGGAGCCUGCUGGGACCUCGUGGGGGAGAUGGACAGAAAUAAUUAGAACACACCUCCCCAAAGGAGCCGGAAAUCAGGGCUGUGCUAAAAUGUCUUGUGCAGCUCAUUUUUUCUGUCUCUUCAUUUCUACAACCAACCUCUGGGGGUUGUACUGCCUGGAGCUGCAGGAGCAGGUGCUGCGGUAUUUUGAUUAUGUCUUUACCGGUGUCUUUACCUUUGAGAUGGUGAUCAAGAUGAUCGACUUAGGGCUGGUUCUCCACCAGGGAGCAUACUUUCGGGACCUCUGGAACAUCUUAGAUUUUAUUGUGGUCAGUGGGGCUCUGGUGGCAUUUGCCUUCACUGGCAAUAGUAAAGGGAAGGAUAUCAACACAAUUAAAUCCCUUCGGGUCCUCCGGGUGCUGCGGCCUCUCAAAACCAUCAAACGACUGCCAAAACUCAAGGCCGUGUUUGACUGUGUGGUGAAUUCCCUCAAAAACGUCUUCAACAUCCUCAUCGUCUACAUGCUCUUCAUGUUCAUCUUUGCCGUAGUGGCCGUGCAGCUUUUCAAGGGCAAGUUCUUCCACUGCACAGAUGAAUCCAAGGAGUUUGAGAAAGACUGCCGGGGCAAGUAUCUCCUGUAUGAGAAAAAUGAGGUGAAAGCCAGGGAUCGAGAAUGGAAAAAGUAUGAGUUUCAUUACGACAAUGUGCUGUGGGCUUUGCUGACCCUUUUCACCGUGUCCACCGGAGAAGGCUGGCCACAGGUUCUCAAACACUCAGUGGAUGCAACUUUUGAGAACCAGGGUCCCAGCCCUGGGUACCGGAUGGAGAUGUCCAUCUUCUAUGUUGUCUACUUCGUGGUGUUUCCAUUCUUCUUCGUGAACAUCUUCGUGGCCUUGAUCAUCAUCACCUUCCAGGAGCAGGGAGACAAGAUGAUGGAAGAGUACAGCUUGGAGAAGAACGAGAGGGCAUGCAUUGACUUUGCCAUCAGCGCCAAGCCCCUGACAAGGCACAUGCCUCAAAACAAGCAGAGUUUCCAGUACCGCAUGUGGCAGUUUGUGGUGUCCCCUCCCUUUGAGUACACGAUCAUGGCCAUGAUAGCCCUCAACACUAUUGUACUCAUGAUGAAGUUUGAUGGUGCCACAAUUGCUUAUGACAAUGCGCUAAGGGUGUUCAACAUUGUCUUCACUUCCCUGUUUUCUUUGGAGUGUCUCCUGAAAAUCAUGGCCUUUGGAAUCCUGAAUUAUUUCCGGGAUGCCUGGAAUAUCUUUGAUUUUGUGACAGUUCUGGGCAGUAUCACUGAUAUUUUAGUGACCGAGUUUGGGAACAACUUUAUCAACCUCAGCUUCCUCCGCCUCUUCCGGGCUGCCCGCCUCAUCAAGCUGCUUCGCCAGGGUUAUACCAUUCGCAUCCUCCUCUGGACCUUUGUACAGUCCUUCAAGGCUCUCCCCUAUGUCUGCCUUCUGAUUGCCAUGCUUUUCUUCAUCUAUGCCAUCAUAGGGAUGCAGGUGUUUGGAAACAUUGGCAUCGAUGUGGAAGAAGAAGACAAUGAUGAUGAUGAUUUCCAAAUCACGGAGCACAACAACUUCCGCACCUUCUUCCAGGCACUGAUGCUCCUCUUCAGGAGUGCCACAGGUGAAGCAUGGCAUAACAUCAUGCUGUCCUGCCUCAGUGGGAAACCCUGCGAUAAGAACUCUGGCAUCAGGGAGCCCGAGUGUGGAAAUGAGUUUGCCUAUUUUUAUUUUGUAUCUUUCAUCUUCCUCUGUUCCUUUCUGAUGCUGAACCUCUUUGUGGCUGUCAUCAUGGACAAUUUUGAGUAUCUCACCCGAGAUUCUUCCAUCCUGGGCCCCCACCACCUGGAUGAGUAUGUGCGUGUCUGGGCUGAAUAUGAUCCUGCAGCUUGGGGCCGCAUGGCUUACCCGGACAUGUAUGAGAUGCUCAGACACAUGUCUCCGCCCCUGGGUUUGGGGAAGAAGUGUCCAGCCCGAGUUGCUUAUAAGAGACUUCUGCGAAUGGAUUUGCCCGUUGCAGAUGACAACACGGUUCAUUUCAACUCUACUCUCAUGGCCCUGAUCCGGACAGCCCUAGACAUUAAAAUUGCCAAAGGGGGAGCAGACAAACAGCAGAUGGACGCGGAGUUACGGAAGGAGAUGAUGGCCAUUUGGCCCAACCUUUCACAAAAGACACUUGACCUCCUCGUCACCCCCCACAAAUCUACAGACUUGACAGUGGGCAAGAUAUACGCAGCCAUGAUGAUCAUGGAGUAUUACCGACAGAGCAAGGCAAAGAAGUUACAGGCCCUGAGGGAGGAGCAGAACCGGACACCACUGAUGUUUCAGCGCAUGGAGCCACCAUCCCCGACUCAGGAGGGUGGCCCUGGUCAGAAUGCCCUCCCAUCUUCCCAACUGGAACAAGGAGGACUUCUGGCCCAUGAAGGUGGCAUGAAGGAGAGUCCAUCUUGGGUGACCCAGCGUGCCCAGGAGAUGUUCCAGAAGACAGGGACGUGGAGCCCUGAACGAGGACCUCCUGAUGAUUUGCCCAACAGCCGACCCAGCUCUCAGUCUGUGGAGAUGAGAGAGAUGGGGAAGGACGGCUACUCAGACAGCGACCACUACCUCCCUAUGGAAGGGCAGGGCAGAGCCACCUCCAUGCCCCGGCUCCCAGCUGAAAACCAGACCAUCUCUGAUAGCAGUCCCAUGAAGCGCUCAGCUUCCAUGCUGGGCCACAAGGGCAGGCGCUUAGAUGACUACUCUCUGGAAAGAAUCACCCCAGAGGAGAACCAGCGGCACCACCAGCGCCGUCGCGAGCGGGGCCACCGGACGUCAGAGCGCUCCCUGAGCAGAUACACAGAUGUGGACACAGGCUUGGGAACAGACCUGAGUGUUACCACCCAGUCUGGAGAUCUGCCUCCAAAAGAUCGAGACCAGGAGCGAGGAAGGCCCAAGGACCGAAAACACCAUCAGCACCAUCACCACCACCACCACCACCACCCAUCCUCUGACAAGGAGCGCUAUUCCCAGGAGCGGUCUGAGUAUGGACGGCCCCGAGCCCGAGACCAACGCUGGUCUCGUUCCCCCAGCGAGGGCCGAGAGCAUAUGGCUCAUAGGCAGGGCAGUAGUUCCGUAAGUGGAAGCCCAGUCCCCUCAACAUCUGGUACCAGCACACCGCGGCGUGGACGCCGCCAGCUCCCCCAGACCCCCUCCACCCCCAGGCCACAUGUGUCCUAUUCCCCAGUGAUCCGUAAGGCUGGCAGCGCAGGUCCCCAGCCGCCGCAGCCACAGCAGUCAGUGCGCCCCUGCAGAUCCUCCACUCCUGGACCACGGAGGUACCAGGCCCCCUCUGCUGAGCACCAGGUGGGGGAACGGCCCUCUGGAGGGGGCCACGGCAGUAGCCGCUCACCGGGAAUGGAGCGGCAUGCCACUGCCCUACCAAGAAAUGAGUCCCCGAGGGCUUACCGCCACGCUGGGUCCCGGUGGCCAGCACCUAGCCCCCAUACCUCAGAGGGGCACCCGGGACCCCGGCACCACGGCGGCUACUACCAGAGCUCAGACUACGACGCCGACGGCCCAGGGAGCGAAGAGGCAGCCUUCACUUACGAUACCCCGCCACACGCCUCCUCUGGUACGGGGCGGUCGCCCAGGACUUCCCGGGCAGGAGGCCCAGCCUCAGUCUCGCCCUCCAGACACGGACGGCGAUUACCAAAUGGCUACUAUCCUACCCACGGACUGGCCAGGCAUCGAGGGCAAGGCCCCCGGAAAGGACUGCACGAACCCUAUAGUGAGACUGACGAUGAUGACUGGUGCUAAGUCCUGAUGUGUGUGCACCUCACACACACACACUCACACACACACACAUCCCCCAAACGCCCCAUUCACACAUGAACCUACAACCAGAAGACAAAACUACAAUAACUGUCAUGAAAAAUGGAAAAAAGUGUUUUUUAAUUUCAAACUCUUGUUAAAUUUGCCAAGCAGGUAUGGGCAAGGGGAGGGACAAGCUGGGAAGGGAAGCUGGAAAACGAAGAUUUUCAUAAAAAGGGAAGAAACAAAAACUUUCUUGAGGAUGGAAAGAGAAGGGCAGUAACAAGGGGUAGAAACAAGGAUCCAGAACAUGUCUGUCCCUUACAGACAAAGUUAGGAUAAUCCUUGAGAAGAAAAGGCUACAACUUGCAGGUCUGGGGACCUGCUGAAUCAUGCCAGAGCAGACACUUUUCCUGGAACAUCUACCUUAGAGCCCUUCGGGAGGACAAACCACAUAACUAAAGGGAGCUUGAAUUUGUUCAGCAACUUUGGAGAACUUUGGGAAAAAGGAAAAUGAGGGGAAAAAACAUUUUUAAAAAGUAAAAUGGGAAGAAAAAAGAAAACCUCUAUUGAUGAGUUUUAUCAUCUCAAUUAAACUUUUCCUUUUCCUAAUGAGUGAUAAGGAGAAUUAGUGCCCAUUCUCCUGGUGAAGAGGGACCUGAUGCAAUAUAAAUGCACACAGCACACCCCCCUUCCCCCGUCCAUGCCCCUAUGCAGACCUUCCUCUACACUGAGACAGACCUGCACACACACACACACACACACACACACACACACACACACACACACACAGAGGAGUGCUUGCUGGUUAUACCAAACCCUAUUAAUACUGCCUGCAGAAAUAAAUUUUAAAAAAUAAACUAAAUUUUAAAAAGGACAAAAAAAAAAGAUUGAGAAAAGCAGCAUUUUUUCUGACAUUUGGUCCUGCUUGAAACAACAACAGAAAACAAAACCACCAAUUCCUUUGCUUCUUUUUUCCUUUUUCCUACUUUGUUUGAAAACUGUGGGCUUGGGACUGUGAAU